UCGGGCUCAGUGCGCGAGGCUGACACGCGCUGCUGCACUAAUAAGUUUUUACCCUGAAGAACACUUGCGGAUUAUUCUCGUGUUUUAUUUCGUUUUCCCUCCUAGAGAAGUGCAACAGGUGCAGCAGAGGGGACACUUUUAAAAGUUUGAAAAUAAUGCUGCUGACGGAAUAAACCAGCCCGAGAGGACACGACAAGUGGAUUUUACGCACCGAGCUUCGUGCGCUGGACGCUGGAGACAGCCACACGUUUGUCGUACACCGGAGAGCCGCUCUUUGCUCUGUGUUUGUUCACGUUGUCACGGACAUUUUCUACCACAUGAUGCCACUUUUUCUGGCGUCUGUGAAUUAUCGGGAGGAAACGGUGUAAAAAAACAAAACAACGACAACAACAACAAAAUGUUAGAGGGUCGUUAAAUUUAGUGGAACGUGACAGCCGGAGAUGAACUUUCUCCGUAAUGAUUGCAGGAGCUCUGGUGAAUGAUUGACAGCUGCUCGCAGGAUCAACUGGAUUUACCGUCAAGACUUCAGCUUAUGCUUUAACCAUUAAGAGGCUGAAAGGAGCCUGUUUAUGUCCUGAUUUAUCCACCAGAAGAAGAAAGUUUUCAGUCAGGUGUCUGAGAUGACCAUGCAGUAAAAGGACUCUUGUAUUAGAUUUCUUCGUUAAAUGACUCCAAAUGAAUCGUUGUGAAUUUUAAUAUUUAUUUAUGGCAUCUGCAGUGAGACACAUGCCGUGGCCCCUCAUAAUGCUGCUGCUGCUGCUGCUCCUCCACUCCCCUGGCUUCACAUUAGGUGCUUCUAAGGAUCUGGUGUGUGAGCCCAUAACUGUGCCCAUGUGUCGGGGCAUUGGUUACAACCUGACCCACAUGCCCAAUCAGUUUAACCACGACACCCAGGAAGAGGUGGGCCUGGAGGUCCACCAGUUCUGGCCCCUGGUCCGGAUCCGCUGCUCUCCAGACUUACUCUUCUUCCUGUGCAGCAUGUACACACCGAUUUGCCUGCCAGACUACCGCAAGCCGCUCCCACCCUGCCGCUCGGUGUGUGAACGAGCCAAACGGGGCUGCUCGCCUCUCAUGAGUCAGUAUGGCUUUGAGUGGCCCGAGAGGAUGAGCUGUGAGCAGCUGCCACAGCUAGGGGACGAGACCCUGUGCAUGGACCAGAACAGCAGCGAGACCACCACCCUGGCUCCCCCGUUCCCCAAGCCCACCCCUAAGGGCAGGACUAGACCACCGAGCCCCCCGCAGUGCGACAGGGAGUGCCGCUGCAGAGAGCCGCUGAUCCCCAUCAUGAGGGAGUCUCACAGCCUGUAUGGCCGGGUCCAGACUGGCCCGCAGCUCAACUGCGCCCAGCCCUGCCACCUGCCUUUCUUCUCGCCAGAUGAGCACGCCUUUACUAGCUUCUGGGUGGGACUGUGGUCGGUGCUGUGCUUCAUCUCCACCUUGACAACCGUUGCCACCUUUCUCAUUGACAUGGAACGCUUCAAGUACCCAGAGAGGCCCAUCAUCUUCCUGGCUGCCUGCUACCUCUUUGUCUCCUUGGGUUACAUCAUCCGUCUGGUGGCAGGUCACGAGCGAGUGGCGUGUGGCUCCAGCGGUGACCACCUGCACAUCCUCUACGACACCAACGGCCCCGCUCUCUGCACGCUCGUCUUCUUGCUGGUGUACUUCUUCGGCAUGGCCAGCUCCAUCUGGUGGGUGGUGCUGUCCUUCACCUGGUUUCUGGCCGCAGGGAUGAAGUGGGGCAGCGAGGCCAUCGCGGGAUACUCACAGUAUUUCCACCUCGCCGCUUGGCUCAUCCCCAGCGUCAAGACCAUCGUGGUGCUGGCUCUCAGCUCUGUGGAUGGGGACCCUGUGGCUGGAAUCUGCUAUGUGGGGAACCAGAGUCUGGAGAAUCUGAGGGGAUUUGUGCUCGCACCUCUUGUGGUUUACCUCUUCACCGGAUCGCUUUUCUUACUCGCCGGCUUCGUUUCUCUGUUCCGCAUCAGGAGCAUCAUUAAGCAAGGUGGCACCAAGACGGACAAACUGGAGCGGCUGAUGAUUCGCAUCGGGCUCUUUACGGUGCUGUACACUGUCCCCGCCACUAUUGUGGUGGCCUGCCUGGUUUAUGAGCAGCACUACCGGCCCGGCUGGGAGCGAGCUUUGGCCUGCCUCUGCCCGUCCGAACGCCAGCGCUUGGGACUAGGCCCGGACUACGCCGUCUUCAUGCUCAAAUAUUUCAUGUGCUUAGUGGUGGGCAUCACCUCAGGAGUCUGGAUUUGGUCAGGAAAAACUUUAGAGUCCUGGAGGAGGUUUGUGGCUCGAUGCUGUCCCUGUUGGCCACAGAAAGCCACCGCUCCACCCUCCAUGUACAGCGAGGCCAGUACUGCUUUAACUGGACAUACUGGAACUGGGCUGACACCAGGGAUCUACCAUAAAGCUGUUCCGCCUCAUAUAUGAGCUUUUAAGAGGACUCGUGUACAGCCACAUCUCCCAGUAUCCAAACACAGUCUGGGAUUGUGGACAUAUAUCAGAACUGUGAGCUAGAACUGCUUUCCUUGGAUGUAGAGCUCAAACCUUUGACUGAACUUGACCAUCACUGAGGAACUAACCUUUGAGUUAAAUGGAUCCAUAAUGGAGGCCCACAUGCUUCUCCUCAUCCUGAGCACUGACAGAGAGAGAAAAAAAACACAUAUUUAUUUAUGUAUAUAUUGUACAAAUAUUUGGUGUUUAAAAAAACAAAAGAUAACGUGCCAUAUAUUUAGUUUCUAACCAGCUGAUGCCACUGCCACAAUCAUAAGUGUAAGAUGCCAGAAAAACAAAUCAGAUUUGAGCUGUAUAAACUCGUGUAUAAAUGUGCUGUAGUAUGUCAGUGUCUGAAUGCAUUGUUUGGUAUGGUUACAAACUGAAAGUGGACUGGGAAAAGGUCCUUAUUAUGUUGCUUUUUCCCAAAACUAGAGAUGAAAUUCUUUGAAAGACUUUUUCUCAUUUUAACUGUCUCAUUAAAUCACUAAAGUUUCUGUGGGGGGGAAUCUAGUUUUGUUCAUGUGUUGUGAACUAAUGCACAAUGUUUAUGUUAAAGAUACAGGAUGAAACUUCAGCCCCAUCUGCUGGUUCAAAGGGGACCUGCUCACCCCCCACCCCACCCCCAACAGAUGAACAUUAGACCACAGACCCAUCUGAAUUUUGUACUUAGCUGUUGAAAAACAUUAAUAGUAUAAAUGACCAAUUAAUGAUUAUUCUAUGGUGGCGAAUCUGCUGUUGACUCCCUGACUUCAGCUCAGUGACCUCUAGAGGUCCUUGGACCUCACUUUGAGAACCACAAAGUGAUUUUUAUAGCAGUAUUUUGCCAGAACAAACAGAUGUUAGGGUUAGACUAGGUACAGUAAAGGUCACCUUAGACUCUGGAAAACUGAACUAGCCACGUUUAACAAAUAACCAAGACAUAGUUUAAUCCAUAGUUUAAAUUUAUAGAAAAUUUGCAAGCAAGUAAAAAAUAACCAUUUAAAUUUCCCCAGGUUGUUAUUUAUCUUGUUCUGUUUGGGAUUUGGACUGCUGGAUGAAGAAAACAAGCACUUUGAAAAAUCUUCUUUUUGAACAAUGUCACAAUUUAAAAGCUCUUUUGCUUAAUAGUUAAUUAACUGAGGAACUUAGAAUGUACCUGUAUUUUGAGUUUUUGUCAUGUAAGUAAGAACCAAACCCUCCUAUGUCGUUUGCAUGGAUCCGUGGUCUAAUGUAAGUUAUCUGUUUGACAACUUGACAAAAACUGACUUUCAGAAGUCAGACUCACUGCACGGUGUACAGUUUACCCAGAAAAGUGUGCGUGUGUGGAGGGUGGGGAUGGGAGAGAGAAACAGAGAGUGCUAAAGACAAAAAAAUGAAUGACGGUGGACGAGUACAACAUGAAAUCCGUCUCAGUGCAGAGUGCUACAGCGCUAAUGCAGAACCGACUGAACCUGUGACGUUCUGUAAUAUUUCCAUUCAUUGUUGAUGGUCCUUUGUGCUGUUUAGAUUACCGUGUGUCCCACAUGCUAGAUAGCUCUAAUUUAUUAGUCUGAUGUGUGUGAAGGAAAUGAUUGUACGAGUGAUGAUGAAUGCCAAAAAAAAGAAAUGCUCCUAAAACUGAUGUGUAGAUUAAAGAGUACAUGUUGGGUUUUUUUCAGUUUUUACAUUGACAGACCUCCUCAAAGGACGUUGAUAAAAUACUGUAGAUUUUGAUUCAUGUUGUGGAAUAAAAAGUGUUGGAUCUUGAA